AUGGAUUUUGAACUGAGCAGGAAGUUUCUCUGGACCGAUAGCACCGUUGCCCUGAGGUGGGCUAAUACCGAUAAGAUAGUUCCGGUCUUUGUCCGUAAUCGCGUGAAGACAAUUCAAUCUGUUACCUCAGACGUUAUCAUGCGUUAUGUUCCCACAAAAGAUAAUCCUGCUGACAUUGGUUCUCGUGGAGCGACUCUCACAGAACUACAAGCCACGGAUAAGUGGUGGAACGGACCCGACUUCCUGAUGAGGGAUGAAACAACGUGGCCUGUGAACGUUCCCGCUACAACCAUGAAUGCGCAGCAAUCUCAAUCGAAGGGUGCUCCUCUCGAUGCCCUAGACGGAACCACAGAAAACCAGCACGCUAUCGGAGGUCGUAUUCUCAAUAUCGAGGAUGCCAGAACACUGAUGAAGGAGACAGAAGCUGUAGUGAAUACAAGACCGCUAACUUACGUCACGAAUGACAGAGACCACAUUCCAAUACGACCCAUCGACUUUCUGCGCCCCUAUGCUCAACUCUCAGGGCCAUAUCCCCAAGCACAUUCCAGUGGAUAUUUCCAGAACUCCAGCACCUACGAAUCUCUCAUAGAGGCAUGGAUCGAAACAUCGAAACUGUUAUCCUCCUUCUGGAAACGAUGGACGUCGGAGUAUCUAACUUCACUACGCGAGCAAUACAGAAACGAACACCACAAACCGAGAUCGCAUGAAUCUCACCAACCAGAAAAGGGCGACUUUGUGCUCGUCUACGAUCCAAUUCUCGAUCGCGGUCAAUGGAAAAUGGGCGAGGUCAUCGGAUCCCGUGAUGGCUUCCGUCGAUCAGCAGAUAUACGGCUUGCAUCUAGGACGGUAAUCACCCGCCCUAACAACAUGAUCUACAAGCUAGAGUUGCAUCCAGCUUCUUCAAAAUGGAAACUCACCGAGCAAGCAAUGCCAGCCCUUCAUCAAGACCACAACGCAGAAACACAAUGGAAGAGGACGAAUAGCACCACAAACAGAACAGAAGGUCAUCGACUGCAAUACGAGUGA